AUCGUAAUUCGUAAUCAAAACAUCUGAAUAAUUUUGACUGUGGAACAUUGUAAACAAUUUAAACAUACGUGAACAUACUCACCACUACAAAUACACUUGUUUGAAAAUAAACGCCAAGAGUGGGAAAUGUUGUUUUUAAAAUGCAAUCAUUUUUUUUGCAUUCCAUUCUGCAUUUCUAAAUACUUUAGUUUCUAAAAUAAAGUAACGAUAUUUUAAUAUUAUUAUCAAUUAAUUAAUUUCGCGUUAGUUAUGUAAUCGUUGAAGUAUUUCGAAUCAGUGGAAUGUAACGUGUCAUUACGAUGUGAGUGAUUUUCAUUGCUAACGAUUUUCCAAUCUAGUGUUUUAAAAUUCGAAUAGAAAGUUCACGGUUUAGUUUUCAAGCAACUCGGAAAAACACCUGAAAAUACUUCACCGAACACCGAAUCAUGAAAGCUGGAUGCGGAAGGCGAUUCGAGUGAAAAAUGCAGCCUAGCAGAAGAAGGAAAAAACGACCUAAUUAUGGUAUUCGUACCGUCGAAGUAUGCAGAGGUAAAAAUGGCUUCGGUUUCACCAUAUCUGGACAGCAACCUUGUAUUUUGAGCUGUAUCGUACCAAACAGUCCGGCCGAACAAGCUGGACUGCGACCAGGCGACUAUUUGGUCGCUGUAUGCGGACAAAAUGUGAGUAAAGUUCCUCACGACGAUGUAGUCCAACUAAUCGGUAACUGCCACGGAAUAUUGAAACUACAAAUAGCCGAGAACUAUUACUCGGACAGUUCGGAAGAAGAUUUUGUCACGACAGCUCGCCAGAAACCAAAAUACCCUGCCAAGUAUAAAUCAAACGGACAUAAUACUCAUCCCAUGUUGACUAAUAAAUCUCAUAAAUUCGGUAACAACUCGGCCGAUGGAUUGUUUAAUGAUAGACCAGAUACACGAUUUGCUAAUGAAAACGAAUCAUCGAACAAAAAGGCUGAUUCGAUUCCACCCUACAGUGAUGUGGAAAAUGCAGAUAUGCUGGUCGAGGCGAACACCAUAUACCAAUGUUUGGUCGGGUAUUUAGGAACGAUAGAAAUGCCAAAGAUAUUAACGCCCGUUUCUCGCCAACAGAUCAUUCGUAGCUGUAUAAAAAGACUUCGAGCUGAAAAACGAAACCAUACUCCAGUCAUGAUGACCGUAUUUCCGUGCAGUCUACGUCUUAAAAACGACACCGGCACGACGAUAGCUGUCUAUCCUGGCGGUAGAGUGACAUUUUGCAGCGCCAGCAACGAACAAAAUCGUAAAUAUUUCGGUAUAGUAACCACAUCGGUGAGCGAAGAGCCAUCCAAUAGUUGUCACGUCUUCGCAACCGUAAGCUCGGCUCACGACGAACAUUCCAAAAUCGCAUUCAAGUUUAACGUGAAUUGCGGCUCCGACUGCAGCCAUUUCCCUGCCACUAGUGACCCUAUAGUCAACGCUAUUCGUAAAUAUUACGAAAAUCCGAAUCGUAACGAUGUCGAAGAACCUUUAGUAGCUAAUUCUCCGCAACCCAGUAACGAUAGCAGCGUCACGACUAGCAAUAGCGAUUCCGGUAUUGGAUUCAGAGAUGAGAGUGGCCAUCAAUCCGAUCGAAUUCUAGUGGUCGAUAUUCAGAACCAAAGAUUACAUAUACAAGCUGUAGGACAACCUGAUCCCCAAUAUAUCGAUUGCUACGCCGAUAAGUCAGACAGUAGGAAUAGCACACGAGCCAAUUCUACCACGUCUGCUAUAACUGCAAAUGAGAGUCUAAGAGAAGCAUACAACGUUGGCUCUCGCGAAAGUAUAUUUAACUGGAAUACGAAAUCAAUGUACGCUUCCGGAUCUUCCGGACGAUUCUUACACAAAAGCUGCGAUAACGGAUUAUCAGAGUUGGGUAUCUCAUCGGCGGCUGAAGCUUCCCUCGAACGUAGACUGAGUCCGAAAGUGUUCACGAAUAUGUCCGACGUGGUGCCAGUAUCUCAAAGCAUGGAAGACCUGAAAACGCAAAGCGAACUCUACGAAGAUCUCGAGCCAGUCGAUAAUUUCAUGAAAAAGCACAGUCUGCAAGAUUUGACCGUAUUUUCAUCCGAAUGCGAAGUUCAAGAAAAACCCCAACAAUGUGAAUCGAACGAAAACGAACGCAAGGUGACCAGUUGGGCAACGUCGCUGGAAAAACUGCUCUACGAUUCGGUCGGAUUGCACGCAUUCGCCGAGUUUUUGAAAAAAGAGUUUAGCGUUGAAAACGCGUACUUUUGGGCAGCUUGCGAAAAAUAUCGUCGAACUGUUAAUUUGGAAGAAAGAAAGAAGCUGGCGUCGAAUAUUUACGAGAAAUUUUUAGCCAAUUCGGCUUCCGAACCAGUGAACGUGGAUUCGAGUGGCAAAAAUUUCACCCAGCAGCAAUUACAAAUGGCUGACGUUAAUUUAUUAUCAAAUGCUCAAAAACAAAUCUUCAACUUGAUGAAAUUCGACAGCUAUCCUAGAUUUUUGAAAAGCGAUAUUUACAAGAAUUAUUUAAUGCGCGAAAUUUCCGGCGAGAAUGUCACCUUGUCUGCAAAUGCUACCGACAGCGACUUGCUACUUUCGCCCUCUGCUGCAACUACCAACACCAAAGAAUCUGCCGAAGAACCCGAACGAACGCGUACGAGUCGUCGUAGACGUUCGCUUCUGCUGUGGUCCAAAUCUAGAUGCAAAUCCAGAGACCGUACAACUACUGCCAGUAAUGAGAAUAUGCAGUCUUCCUGUAGCAGUAGCAGGACAUCGUUAGCUUCGUGGGAUCUAGCUUUACCGGUAUCUUUGUGCAGAGUCACAUUGCCCGAUGCUUCGUCGGCGGUUUUGAAUAUACAACCGCAUCAAACGGUGUACUACACUAUUAGUAAAUUAUUAGAGAAGAGGGCGAUGCCCUAUACGAGUUUUCAAGUCAUCUAUACUGCCACUGAUAAGGUUGUAGAUUUAGAAGAAAAUGCAUCCGUUUUGGCGGGAAAAGAAGUGAAAAUCGAAUGGAGAGUAGAAUUUAGAUUGGAUCUACCUGAUCGUAAAUCAUUGACUGUUAAAUCGAAACCCUCGCAUACAUUAGGAGCUGUCCUAGGACCGAUCCUCAUCAAACAUGGAUAUCAUUUGCACAUGGUUACGUUGUGUUUGAUCGAAGUUAACGAAGUAUUAGAACCGAGCACUUCGGUAAGCGCUGUAGAUAAACAACGAAUACAGGUGUUGACUCGUAAUACUCCUACGCUGAAUUUACAAGGUUGGAAUAAUUAUUACGGCGUGAAUGCGACCAUCAAACCUAAACAGUCGUCAACUUUGGAUGAAAUAACUAAUCGAGUAUUCGAAGAGCUGCUUCAGGGUAAAGCGGAAAAUUUCCGUAAUCCUAACGCCGAACCUGCACCUUCCGUUUAUUCUGAAAAUAAUAGUUCCGAACAUUCGUCGAAAAUUUUAGGAAAAUUUUUAAGAAAAGAUUCAUUUUAUCAAGAUAAAAUCAGAAAAAAUAAAAAAACCAACGAAGUUCCAAACAGUACUGAAAAGAAACCCACUAACUCCAGAUUACCUCCAGUGAUCGCGAAAUGGAAACCGGGAUCGAAGCUAGACUCGAAGUUUGAAAAAGACGGUCUAUACGAAGGGCUCAAAAGAUGCCAAAGAGGACGCUUAGAAGAUCAAAGGGGUACAGAAUUGAAUAUAGAAUUACCCGAUUUCUUAAAGGAUAAAGAAAACACCCCUAUCGGUAGAAAGAAAUUAAAAAAGAUACGUAAAGAGGUGUCCUGCCCGUCUGAGACGAAAUCGCUGCCAUCUUGCCACGAUAAAGAUACCAAAGAAGAAACCCCCGCUGCCAUAAACGAAAACGAGUACAACUCGUGUAAAUUAUCCGAUACGUACCAGACACCGUCGGAUUGUAAACGUCAGAACGACCAAGAACAAGAUAUAUAUACCAAUGAUUUGCCUAAUUUCAGCGGUAAAAUAGCCGAUAGUCCGCCUCCAGUGUUCAAACAACCACCACCUUUGCCACCUAAACCUAAGAAUAUAUCGUGGCGGAUGUCCAGCGGGACUUAUGGGUUCGAUACGAGUCCAAAGUCUGUGUAUUUAGAUCAACCUACGAGUAGCUUUGUGUAGCCAUUUUUUUAGCCAAUUUUUUUUCAUUUUUAUUGUAAAGAUAACCGGAUGUAUCAUCGUGUAUUAUUAUUGUUUGUAUUUGUACAAAUGUAUUUUAUAUUUUUACUAAAUCCCUUCUUAUAUAUGUACAUUUUACUGUCUUCUAUUUCUGGUAUUAUAUUUUCUUUUUUAAAAUAUAAUUUUUUUCUAUUA